AUGAAGAUAAUUAUAUAUUUUUGCAUUUGGGCAGCAGCAUGGGCUAUUCCAGUUCCUCAAAUCAAGCCACUGGAGAGACAUGCUGUUGACAAAUCUACAAAUUUAAAUCUUCUGGAAAAAGCAAAAGUGAAAAUACAGGAUGAGUUAAAUGCCAAUGAUACCACUGAAGAAAGUGGUGACCCCCAUGAAAAUCAAAGAGGAAGGCAACAAUAUACCAGAGAUGGUUACAAAGAAGAAAGAAAUGGUUCUGAGUGGGUAGAAAUAGGAGGGAAAAGUUCUUCUACAGAUUCCAUGUUAGUAAAUGAUGAGGGGAAUAGUGUGGACCAAAAUGGGGUCACAGGAAAACCAGAAACAUAUGGUUAUGAUGGGAUACAUGGAAAAGAAGGUAGCACCACAGCAAAUGGCAUCAGGGGACAAGUAAGCAUCAUCGACAAUGCUGGAAUAGCAAAUGGAAGCGAUAUUAACAGAAAUGCUGAUAAAAAUUUAAAUAAUGGAGGAGUUGUUGGAGAUGCAAGUCAGAGUGAGAAUGCCACUGUUGUCCAAGAAGAAGACCAUCAAAUAGGUAGAAGCAAUAACAGUACAGGCCAUGAGGAUGAAAUAAAUAGGGAUGCCUGUAGAAAUGAGGGUGAUACAAGUGAAAUAACACAUCAGAGAGAAAGUGAGGGUAAUGGGAAUCAGGAGGCAGAAGUAACACCAGAAAGAAGGGGAGCUGGAAAUGGAGAAGAUGCUGGCCUGGAUAAUUCUGAUGGGAGUCCUAGUGGAAAUGGAGCAGAGGAGGAUGAAGUAACAGGUUCUGGUGAUGAUGAAGGUGAAGAAACAGGGAAUGGAAAAGAGGGUACUGAUAACAGGAAGGGCCAAGAGGGUCAGCCUCAUGGAAAAGAUGACAACGAUAACAGCUUAGGUCAAAAUUCAAUUAGUAGUGAAGAUGAUGACCCAGAAGACAAAGAAGAUCCCCAUGACAUUGAUGGAGACAACACCUCCAAGAGUGAGGAGGAUUCUGAUGGUAUUUCUAAAGACAAAGUUAGCCCAAUAAUAGAGGACAUGCAAAAGCCCAAUUACGAAGAAAACAAUACUGUGGAAAAGAAAAUCACUGAUGAAUCAGAGCUAGGUGCUACUGGGAAGAGUCAAAAUAAGGGAAUAGAAGUGGAAGGUCCCAGAAGUGGCAACAGAAACAUUACCAAAGAAGCUGGGAAAGUCAGUGAAGAUAAAGAGAGUAAAAGACAACAAGGAAUGGUCAUGGGAAAAGGAAAUGUCAAGACACCAGGGGAGACUGACAACAUACAAGGGCUUGGUCAGAAAUCAGAACCUGGAAAUAAGGUUACACGCAGCAAAACAGGUAGUGAAAGUAAUAGUGGUGGAUAUGACAGUUAUGAGUUUGAUGACAAAUCUAUGCAAGGAGAUGAUCCCAACAGUAGUGAUGACUCUAACAGCAAUGAUGAUGCUGAUUCUGAAGGUGACAAUGACAGCAAUAGCCAAGGAGACAUUGGUUAUAACUCUGAUGAAUCAAAAGAUAAUGGCAAUGACAGUGAUUCAAAUGGAGGAGGUGAUAAUGACAGUGAUAGCACAUCAGAUGCUAAUGAUAGUGACAGUAAUGGCAAUGGUAACAAUAGGAGUGAUGCCAAUGGCAAAUCAGACAGCAGCAAAGAUAAUUCAGACAGUAGUGACAGCAGUGAUAGCAGCGACAGCAGUGACAGUAGCGACAGUAGUGACAGCAGUGACAGCGACAGCAGUGACAGCAGCGACAGCAGCGACAGCAGUGAUAGCAGUGACAGUAGUAACAGCAGUGACAGUAGCAAUAGUAGUGACAGCAGCGAUAGCAGUGACAGCAGUGAUAGCAGUGACAGCAGCGAUAGCAGUGACAGCGGUGAUAGUGACAGCAGUGACAGUAGCGACAGCAGCAAUAGCAGUGACAGCAGUGACAGUAGUGACAGCAGUGAUAGUGACAGUAGUGACAGCAGUGAUAGCAGUGACAGUAGUGACAGCAGCGACAGCAGUGAUAGCAGUGACAGCAGUGACAGUAGCGACAGCAGUGACAGUAGCGACAGCAGCAAUAGCAGUGACAGUAGUGACAGUAGUGAUAGCAGUGAUAGUGACAGUAGUGACAGCAGUGACAGUAGUGACAGCAGCAACAGCAGUGACAGUAGUGAUAGCAGUGACAGUAGCGACAGCAGUGACAGUAGCGACAGCAGUGACAGCAGUGACAGUAGCGACAGCAGUGACAGUAGUGACAGCAGCGACAGCAGCGAUAGCAGUGAGAGCAGUGAUAGCAGCGACAGCAGUGACAGCAGCGACAGCAGUGACAGCAAGUCAGACAGUAGUGACAGUAGUAACAGCAGCGACAGCAGCGAUAGCAGCGACAGCAGCGACAGCAGCGAUAGCAGUGACAGCAACGACAGCAGUGACAGCAGCGACAGCAGUGACAGCAAGUCAGACAGUAGUGACAGUAGUAACAGCAGUGACAGCAGCGAUAGCAGCGACAGCAGCGAUAGCAGUGACAGCAACGACAGCAGUGACAGCAGCGACAGCAGUGACAGCAAGUCAGACAGUAGUGACAGUAGUAACAGCAGUGACAGCAGCGAUAGCAGCGACAGCAGCGAUAGCAGUGACAGCAGCGAUAGCAGCGACAGCAGCGAUAGCAGUGACAGCAGUGAUAGCAGCGACAGCAGUGACAGCAGCGACAGCAAGUCAGACAGUAGUGACAGUAGUAACAGCAGUGAUAGUAGCGACAGCAGUGACAGCAAGUCAGAGAACAGUGACAGCAGUGACAGCAGUGACAGCAAGUCAGACAGUAGUGAAAGCAAUGAUAGCAGUGACAGCAGUGAUAGUAGUGACAGUAAAUCAGACAGUAGUGACAGUAGUGAUAGCAGCAACAGUAGUGACAGUGACAGUAAAUCAGAUAGCAGUGAUAGCAGCAACAGCAAAUCAGAUAGUAGUGACAGCAGUGACAGUGACAGCAGUGAUAGCAGCGACAGUAAAUCAGAAAGCAGUGACAGCAGCAAUAGCAAAUCAGAUAGUGACAGCAAUGAUAGCAGUGACAGUAGUGACAGUGACAGUAAAUCAGACAGCAGUGACAGCAGCAAUAGCAAAUCAGAUAGUAGUGACAGCAGUGAAAGUGACAGCAGUGAUAGUGAUAGCAGUGAUAGUGACAGCAGCGACAGUGACAGCAGUGACAGUGACAGCAGCAACAGCGACAGCAGCAAUGGUAACAGCAGCGACAGCAGUGACAGUGACAGCAGCGACAGCAGUGACAGUAGCAAUGGUGACAGCAGUGACAGCAACAGCAGCGACAGCAGUGACAGUGACAGCAGUGAUAGCAGCGACAGCAGUGACAGCAGCAACAGUGACAGCAAUGGCAGUAGUACCGGUACAUCUGACAGUCACAGCAAGACCAAGAGUCACAGCAAGACCAAGAGUCACAGCAAGACUAAGUCCGGUAAUGGCAACAAUGGAAGUGACAGUGAGAGUGACAGUGAAGGCAGUGACAGCAAUCACUCAACCAGUGAUGAUUAG